AUGGAGGAUCAGCGCAGGCCGAGUCAUGCCGCGGGAUAUCCAGCCUCGGCCGACACCAAGCGCGGCGGCAACUUGGCUGCCGCCGACACCGAGGGCGGCAGGGCACUGGCUGCCGCAAGGCGUGCCCAGCGCCGUCUCGGCCUCAGGGAAAAGCCAGCGCGCACCAAGAGAAAUCCGGCCUCUGCCGACAGUAGAGGCCGCCGGUCCUUCGCCGCCGCCGACGAGAAGUUCGGACGUUCCGCGGGACAUUCGGCCACAGCCGACAUGGAGGGCCGCCGGCCCUUCGCCGCCGACGAGAAGGAAAAGCCAGCGCGCACCGAGGGAAAUCCGGCCUCUGCCGACGGUGGAGGCCGCCGGGCCUUCGCCGCCGCCGACGAGAAGUUCGGACGUUCCGCGGGAUAUUCGGCCACAACCGACUUGAGGGCCGCCGGCCCUUCGCCGCCGUCAAGCGGGACUAGCUCGGCCGUAGUCUCGAUCGGAAGCCAGCACUCGCCGCGAGCCAUCCAGUCCCGGCCGGCCAGCAGGGCCGAGAUCCCCGCCACAACCCCGGCCGCAGCCGGGCUGCUUGUUGGCGGCAGAGAUAGCGCCUCGGCAGGUAGAUCGGCGAUAAGACGGCAGGCGAGGGAAGAGCAGAAGAGGAAACGCCAUCUUAGUAGUGGGCAGGCCGAGCGGAAACGCGCCCGGGUCGGUGAAAGGGUGCCGAGACCAAGGGAGCUGCAGGCCGAGGACCUAGCCAGCGCGCUGCGGCACCUCGACGAGGAGUUCGAGGCGGGCGAGAGGCUGGCCAACGAGCAGACGUGGUGUGCGCCGGUGCCGCGCGAGAGGCAGGUGAGGACGGUGCGGAAGUUCUACCGGGCGUUCCACGACGCUGGCACGCUGCCGAUCGCGACCUGCACGCUAUGCUACCGGAAGCGGGCCAAGGGGGAGCUGAGGGAGAUGGCGUGGGAGGGGUGGGAGGGGUGGUCGCGGAGCGGUGUUGCGGGGGGCGGGCGGUCCCCGUUCGGGUGCCAAGCCUGCUUCCCGGAGGGCAGGCCGGUGGCGGUCUGCGCAGAGUGCGCGCGAUGGGCCGGGCGUGAGGGGGCGUCGCCGGCCAUGCACCUCCAUGGGCGGCUCGGCUGCGAGCACGCGUACCCCGACGAGCUAAAGGACCUCACGCCGCUCGAGGAGAAGCUCAUCUCGCUCAACUCGUGCUACGGCUUCGUGACGAAGUAUAGCAUCCCCGGCGGCCAGAGGCAGAGCGUGAGGUACCCGAGGCACGUCAAGGGCCAUAUCACGGUGUUCCCGAACGACGUGCAGGGCCUGGCUGCAAAGGUGCUCCCGCACCCGCUGGUCCGGGUCAUGGACGAGAUCCACGUCUCGUGGCAGGGCGCUGAGAGGCCCGGGCCGCGGGACCUAUCAGGCCUGCUGUCGGUAAGGCGGUCGGCGGUCGAGAGGGCGCUGGCCUGGCUCAAGGAGAACAACCCGCUCUACGGCGAGGUCGAGAUCGACGCGGCGGAGAUAGCCAGCUGGGGCGCCGCCGCACGGGUGCCGCCGGUGGUGUGCGAGCGGCUGGAGCGAAACGAGCCGUCGGCGCGGGAGAGGACGCAGACGGCGCAGGUGGUGCCGCCGUCGGAGCGGGCCAUGGACGACGGAGGCGCGGCCGAGAUCGAGGAAAUCCUCGCGAUGCUAAGGCAGGGCCAGGACCCCGCCGAGGGGAGCCGCGACGUCGGGCUCACGUGCGAGGACGACGACAGGGACGGCGCUAGGCCCGAAGAGGACGGGGACGUAAUCAAUGAGGUACCAUGCCCCACCCCCCUUUCGGUAACACCCACCUUUCGGUAG